GAUUUUCUUGAAAUUAUACAAAGAAAAGUGAGUUAUUGUUAGCUCUUGUUUACAUAUUAAAUAAUUUUCUUUAUAUCAACCUUAAUUGUUGAACAUUGCGGAAAACUUCGAAGCUUUAAAAUGGAAUUUCCCUCACUCGGAGAGCACUGCCAAAAUGAAGAAUGUAAACAAAAAGACUUUCUACCAUUGCAAUGUAAAUGUGGUAAGGUGUACUGCCGAGAACACUUUGGUGAACAUUGUACCUCAGGUCUUUGUGAAAUGGCUCCAAAACCGAAAGAUGUCAAUUUAAAGAAUGACGAUGAAAUAUUUCGAUGUUCAAGCAAAGGUUGUAAAAAGGGAAAUUUACAUGAGAUGUUGUGCAGCAAAUGCAAUAAACAUUAUUGCAUUGAACAUAGGUUUCAUCCAUCAUGCCCUGAAAUAGAUGACGAGACAAUGGCAUUAAAAAUAGAACAGUUUGAAGCACCGAGGAAGCAAUUUCAUGAAGCCAACAAACACUUGCAACAAAAGAUAACAGAAAACAUAAGAAAAGCUUUACAAUCAUCGGCAAAAGUUAAAACCGCAACAAAAAUCCAUCUCAUGAGAAUAAAACAAAAGGCUUUAGGACCAAAAUCAAUACCACUUCCAGAAAGAGUAUAUUUUUCUAUAAAAAAACCUAUAAACAUUGAUGUAAAAUCUGUUAAAAUAAUAACAGAUGUAAAUAAUGUAGAGCUAAUUGAAACUUUAACUUUGGAUCCAGAUUUAAAAGAUACAAUUCCGGUAUUUAUUAGUUCAAAAUGGUCACUCGGUAGAGCACUCGAUAGUAUAUGUGAUAGUUGUAAUAUUAAAAAUGAUAAUAAUAAGUUUGGUGAUAUAAAACUCAGAGUUUUCAGACAGUUAGAUGGUUACUGUAUAAGUCCUUUGAAGAUGGAUGUGGAAAUCAGUGAUUUAUUAAGAAAUGAAAUUUUAGUAGAAGGUGAUAAAUUAAUCUUAGAGUAUAUUAGUAAUACUGUAUUGAAUAAUUUGGAUGAAAAUUCACAUAUAUUCUUGUUAAGUUAAAUAAAUAGAUAGCAUUUAGUAAUAUGAAAAUGAUAUAUAAACACGGCUAAACACUCACGUAUAUA